AUGGACAGAGAGAUAAAAUUUUCAUUUUUAAAGCUAUUCAACAGCAUUAAGGGCAUUCAUAAGCCUGAGAAGCAAUAUGACGAGACAUUUUUAGAGGAAUCUAGCUAUGAUUAGAUGAAGGAGAAAUUCGAAAAAUUCUUAAAAUGGUGUGAGGAAAACGGAGUGCAACAUCCCAAAGUCAAAUACCCAGUCUUAUUUGGCUCAGGUGACAGCAAAUAUCCCGGUAUGAUGGCAACAGAAGAUAUAGGAAAAGAUGAGAUAAUUGUCAAAGUUCCUGCUAAAUUGCUCUUAUCUAUCAAGACUUGUUUCAGAGGUGACAUUAAUAAAGUUUUCUUAGAAAAUCCUCAAGUCUUUGGUAAGCAUGUACCAGGUGGAGAGGAUAAUGUCCUUAAUGCUUUUCUUCUUUAUGAACUAGCGAAGGGUGAAAAUUCAUCAUGGAAGCCAAUGUUUGAUGUUUGGCCAAGAGACACCGAUAUUCUAAUGAAUUGGGAUGAUGAGGAUUUAGAUUGGCUCUAGGAUCCUACUUUAAAAUAAGACGCUUAAAAUGAAUAUAAGACUCUCAUUAUGUUUUGGCGGAAUAUAUUAGAUGUCCUUAGAAAAUACCCAGAGUUCUUUCCAAAUGAAGAAUGUCUUUCCUUUGAGAUCUAUAAAUGGGUAUACAUGCUGACUACAAACAGAUGCUUUGGCUCAAAUUGGCCAGGUGUUUGUUCUAUGAUUCCUUAUGCUGACUUAAUCAAUCACGAGAAUGUUGAUGUUUAGUAUGACUAUUUAGACUAAAAUGAUAAAUCUAUAACAGGGAGAAGAGAGGAAAGAAAAAAAGAAGAAAAAGAGCAGAGGUUAAUGCAAGCUCUAAAGAAAAAACUCUUUAUGGAGGAGUUGAGAGAAGAUUUGAAGAAGAUGGAUUAGGAAUUAAGGAAUAUACAAAACAAAAAUAUAGAAUUUUAGGAUGAAUCUGAAAACUAAAUAAUGAUGGAGGCUUUUGAAAAGGAAGCCAAGAGGAAAGAAAUGGAAUUUAAACUAAGAGUUUAAUUAGAUAGCAGCAGUGAAAGCAGUAGUGAAGAAUCUUCUGAAUAUGAAAAUGAUGAGAAAUAGGAAAAGAAAUAGAAGCAAGAAAAUAAAUGUGAUUAUGAUUAUUCAAGUGGAAUAGACUCCGACAAUGAUGCUGAUCUUCUACUUGAAUAGGAGCAACUAAAUGCUUUAAAGUUCAGACAGUAGUAAAAGAAAACGGAGGAAGAGGAAUAAAGACAAAGAGGUGAGCUACCAUCAUAUGGAGAGGAUGUUGCACCAGUUUUAACUAAUUAGCAAGUUUAUGACAUUUGGGAAAAUACUGUCUCAAAAGUGCCAGAUGACUUUAAUUUUGUCAUUAAAACUUACAAUGAGGGCUUUCCUAGGGGAUCUCAAGUUUUUUUAUGCUAUGGAAGAAUGUCCAAUAGAGAAUAGCUUAAGAGAUAUGGCUUUUGUCUAACUUACAACAAAUAUAACUACUUGUUCAUUAAGUUGAGACUUGAAUAACAAGACCCAGACUUUGUCUACAGAAAGUAUGUAAUCAGGAAAUUUUUUUCUGUUGACCCUGAGUCUGAUAAGAUGGACAUAUCCUCAAGACAUUUCAGAAUAUAUAUGUAAAAGCUUAAUACAAAGGUUUUAAAGUUUAUAAAGAUACUGAACUUCAACGUGAAAGAGGAUGAUAUCUCUUGCAUUGUUGAAACUAGGUCGCUAAGUUUAGAAUAUCUCUCUUUUUAAAGAUUAAGAGAUGUAUAUGAAACAUUCCUAAAGAGCUUUCCAACAAGUAUUGCUGAAGAUAAAAGGAUACUAAAGGAACAGUAAGAAUUUUUAACCGGUAGAUAAUUCUUUGGCUUGACCUAUAGAAUGGAAUUCAAGAGAAUCUUGAUAAAUCAAAUAAAUUUAGUGAAACUUGUUAUUCACAUUCUUGAAAGACUGAUGAAAGGCAUGACUCUGGAAUUUGCAGUGACAAGAGUUUUUGAAUUAGAAUCUAAAAAGGAGAUGGUAGUAAAUAGAAUCAUGAUCGACAAUUACCUAACUUCUUUGAAGAAAGGACUAGAAAAAAAUCAGCAAGAAUAUAUGGAGAUUCAAAAGAAGAAUAAAGAUAACCCAGCAUAGUAUCUAAUGGAAUAGUAGAGAAGAUUAAGGCUAGAGCUUCCAAAUUCAGAGGUAAGAAGACAUUUCGAGAUCCAAGGCUACGAUAAAAUGAUUGAUAGAAUAAUGGAAGGACCACUUAAAUCCUCUUAGAGUAACAACAACUCCAAGCUGCAACAGAGACUAGAAGAGGUAAAGAGACAUUUAAUUACAGACUAGGAUAAAACUGUGGGCAAAAGUUACUAGGAAUAAAUUGAUCAAGAAAAUAAAGAUCUAGUAAAGGCAAUGGAGAUUGCUAAGGAAAUCAAAAACGAAUCAAGCAGUGAGGAAGAAGGGUCAGAAUAUGGCUCUGAAUAUGAAAGCGAGCAAGACUCUGAUAAUGAAAAAAUUAAACUAAAUUAAGAACAAGAAGUCAAGUAAGAGGAUAAAUGA